CCGGGCCGGGCGCCCCGAGCACCGGGUCCCUCCUCUGCUGAGCGCCUGCGGCUGGGACGGACGGACGGAGAGAGGCUUCAACUACCGGCACGGCAGCGGCCGGGAUGUAACCCAGGGGAGGCAUUGUUGGCAGACGAGUUUCCGCCGCGCUCCGAGUCGCGGCACCGGGAGGGAGCCGACCCCAGCCCGGCAGGAGGAAGCGGCCGCGCCGGCAGGUGCCGGGCGGGGACGAGCGCGGCGCGUCCCGGCGGGUGCCGGCGCAGCGCGGAGCAUGGACAAACUGAACAAGCUGACCGUGCCGGCCGGGGAGAAGUUGAGGAAGCUUCAAAAGAUGGUGCAUGACAUCAAGAAAAAUGAAAGUGGGAUAAUAAACAAGUUCAAAAAGUUCCAAAAUGAACAAGUGGCCUUAAUUUGCAAAACUGGGAAAGAUACUUGGGAUCGGCUAAAAAAAAAACCUCCACCAAGUCUACCACAAAGGGAUUAUGCUUCAGAACAUGCAGGCAAUGAAGAGGAACAAUGGUCAGAUGAUUUUGACAGUGAUUAUGAAAAUCCAGAUGACCACUCUGACUCUGAGAUGUAUGUGGUCCCAAGUGAAGAGAAUCCUGAUGACAGCUAUGAGCCGCCUCCAAGUGAGCAGGAGAAGAAGAAGAUUCCCUCCGCAUUCCCUAUUUCUAGGGGUGAAUACGCAGACAACCGCACCAGUCACCAGCAGCUUCCUCCCAUCAACAAACCUCUCCCAAGUACGGCUAGUCCAGCCAUGUCCAGACCAAAGAAACCAUCCGUGCCAUCCCUACCACUGCCACCUCCUGCUGCAAAACCAAAAGUACCACCGAAGCCUAAGGAGUGUAGUGAUGAUGAGGAUAAUUACAUUGUGCCAGUGGACAAUGACGACGAUAACUAUAUUGAACCCACAGAAAGCAGCAUGUCACUACCUACAAGACCUUCUGUGAACAGAGUUAUGAAGACAACAAAGUCAGCCGCCACUAAUUCUCCAAAGCCUUCUCUUACUUCUGAUAUGCAAGAAGUCUACGAGGUUCCUGAAGAAGAGGAAAAACCAUCACCACCACCAGUAACCAGGUUCACUAAGCCACUUCCAUCUACGCCUGCUCAGAAUACUGAGCACUCCCACGUGCACAGCAUGACCAGAGAGUCACCUAAGCUGGAUACUUCCAGAAAUAUUUUGCCUCUUCCCAGAAAUCGUCUUCAUCUGAAAGCAGACCAUGAAGCAAACAAUAAUGGCGAAAAUCAUAGCUUCAAUAACACACAAGAAUCCAGAUUUCCCACUGGAGCAGCUCCAUCUCCGUUACCAAGGGGCCUAAAGAAAACUUCUAAUGCAGUAAAUUCACCAAAACCAUGUUUACCUUCCAGAGAGACCUUAACUGUAAAUGAAGAAAAACCUACAGCAGCAGAACGACGACGAGGUUCCAGCCAAGAGCUUCCACUUCCACCCCUUCCAAGUGGUGCCCAAAAGCCUUUGCUCCAAAAGUCCUCAAUUCUGCCAAAAGUGCCAGAAGCUGCAAAUCGUUCUCUGGGUACUUCCCCUCACAGCAGCAUUUCAUCUAUUUCAAGUACUGCAGACCAGGAUGCUGGUGUUUAUAGUAAAGCAUGGUAUGCUGCUACCUGUGAUAGGAAAACGGCAGAAGAUGCAUUGUACCGAUCAAACAAGGAUGGAUCUUUUCUAAUACGAAAGAGUUCUGGACAGGAUUCACGGCAACCAUACACACUGGUUGUGUUUUACAACAGAAGAGUAUACAACAUUCCUAUACGAUUUAUUGAAUCAACAAGACAAUAUGCACUGGGCAGAGAAAAAAGUGGUGAAGAGCGCUUUGACAGUGUUGCUGAAAUAGUAGAGAAUCAUCAGCGCACCUCCCUGGUUCUAAUUGACAGCCAAAACAACACAAAAGACUCAACGAAACUGAAACACAUUGUAAGAGUUUCUUAAACUAAACUGCUUAAAUGAAGACUUUUAAUCAUUUCUUUCAACAUUCCAAAACAUGUGGAUCAGGUAUUAAAAGACGAAAAUCCAAAAUUAUGGAAAAUACUCUUUAAGAGCACCUACUGAGUAGCAAGAGAUGCAGUUCAUGAAGUUCAACCCCAUGUCACCUCUAUCAGAAAAGCACUCAUUAACACAAGAAGCCAAAGCAGAUACACCUUCGUCUGUGGCUUCCAUCUGUGACAAGAUGGGUAUUCAAAGUCACGUGAAGAACAACUGCGUACCACAGCCUGGUCCUUUGACUGCUAUUUAAAGACAGAUUUCCUGUAGGACAUUUUCACUUUAAAAAAGAGAAUACCCACAGUGAUCUACUCUUUGCAUUUGUUACAUUUACCACAUAUCACAGCUUUCAGCAAUUUCUUUGUAAAGUGCACAGCCCCAGAAGUUAGAGCAACUCAGCCUAAUGUACUACUGUGUACAAGCUGAAAAUAGGACUGUACUUCAUGUUUUUAGUGGCAAUAAAGCUGUCUUGAGUGUUUUAAAUUAAUGGACAUGUAUUGUCCUUUUCCUUGGCUUUACUCUGUUUCAUUAUUAUUUUUGUUUGUAUUUUCAAAUGUGCAAAUAAAGUUAAAAAUAUUGUAAAGUCAACAGCA